CGUUUUUCUUAUGCUCACACUAAACGAACAGAUUACCCAUUAGAGAUAUCUAGUUCACUUUCCGGUGGUUAUUGAAACUGUCAUUUAAAGCCCGGGGCAGCUACCAGGCAAGCCAGAGCGGGAUGACUUAAUGCUUUGUAAACACUGUUUGUGGGCGGGACGUUGUAGCAUGACGGCUAGCCCUUUGGGGUGCAGUUUGAAAAUGAGAUAACUAGCUGCGUGCAAGACUGCUCUGCGCGCUUAACUUUCUAAAAAGUCAAGCCCCGCGCUUACAUUCCCACGGGAAUCUGGCAGUAGGCUGUUUUAUGCUUAGUAUAGUUUGCAAAUAAGAGUAAAUGAAAUACCCACUGUAAUACUGCUAGCAUGUGAUGCGAGGCAAAAACCGCGCGCGUAACUAACAGGAAUAUUCUGAUGAUUUAUUAUUUGUUUUAAAGAGUUUGUCAUUCUCACUCCUUGCAUAUUUACCCAUACCGGCUAGCAGCCAUGUCGGGGGAACUCGCUGAGGAAGCAGGGGGGCUGCAGGGGGCAGCUGACAACUUGGAAGAAGACAGUGGUGGAAAGGAGCAGAGUCCUAGAGGCCAGGAGCUGCAGCAAAUGGCCGAAAUAAUUGAAAGAAAAAGGGAGAAAAAGUCAGUCCAAAGACUGGAUCUGCAGAUUGGCAAGCCUGCAGAACCACUGAAGAUAGAGGAAGGAAGAGGCAUGAAGCUGGGAUAUAUUGAACACGUGGCUUAUUAUAUUGGAAGGACGAAGGCCGACGAACUGAAACCUCUGCACAAGAUUUUAUUUAAUCGUCCAGGAGCUGUGGCCUCCCUGAAGAAAAACAUCCGGCAGUUCAGCGGCUUUUUGUUUGAAGCUUCCAGUGACCCUUAUAACAAAAAACGAGAUGUAAUAAAGAGGCUUACGUUGGCCGGCCUGAAGAACAUCUGUACCAUUCUAGACCUGGAGACCAGUGGCACUCAUGAUAUUGUAGUUGACAGAAUUUUGACAUUUCUCCUAAACCCAAAGACGAGGGAGCGGCCCUUACCAAAGAAGAGGAAGAGAGCCAGCAGUAGCAAGUCCAAAGCCAUCAUUAUUGACUCAAGCAGUGACGAUGAGGUCAGCCAUGGUGACAAAGGCUGGGCUUCGGCACCCAAGAGUCGGGAGAUGAUAGACGAUGAUGAUGACAGUUCUUCCAAUGAAAAUGAUGAAGUCAAGGUCGUUCUCGAUGGUGACCAUAUAGGGGAUGAAGAUAAUGCAACAGAAAAGGUUGGUCAGCUCAUCUUGACCCUGAUGGAUCCCACACGCAAGACCACCGCUAAACAGAAAGCGCCAGGAGCCAAGAAGACCUUGGCGAAAAAGCUGUCUGCAGUGAAGAAAAGGCCUGCCAGCCGGAAGACCCCCGGGGUCAAGAAGAAGAUGGAGAGCAUCAAAGCUGUGACCCUAAAACAAAAAUCCAAAGCCAAGAUCACAAAGGCGGCCGAGGAAGAGAAAUCGGCCACAUCGGACCUGUCUGACAAUGACAGCGAGCAGGACGAGACACCGAAAAGUGCCAAGAAGAGGCCGGUUCCCACCAUGGCGAAGCCGGCAGCCAAAACGAAGAAGGCGGACAGCAGCAGCAGUAGCAGCAAGAUGACCGGCAGCAAAAGCAAAGGGUCGGACAUGGACGACAGCUCAGAUAAUGAGCCGCUGAUCAAGCUGCUUAAGAAGCCGCCUACAGAUGAGCAGCUGAGGGAGACCAUCAACAGGCUGCUCAAGGAUGCCAACCUGGAGGAGGUCACCAUGAAGCACAUGUACAAGAAGGUGUUUGAAACCUACCCUGAGUCUGACCUGACCGGCAGGAAGGCUUUCAUCAAGCAGACUGUGAAAAAGUUUAUCUCCUGAAGAGGCACGUGUGAUACCCAUCUACACACUGGGAGCAGUUACAGCAGAUUUUCAUAUUUGCAUAUUAGGAGUGAAAAACAGUGUACUAUAUUACUUGAGAUUUUAAAGUUUUCUUCUAGUCUUAAGUGCUUGUAUUUUUUUUUUUUCUUCAUGAAUGCAAGCUUUUUUAAAAAAAACAUUUCUUUGUGUAUUAUAAUUCAGGACGGCCUUUUAUGCAUAUUUUUUGCUUAAAAGAAUUUUACAAUGAAGUCAGUUUAGCUGUGAAUAGAUUGGUGGCUUCCUAAGGUUAAACUCUGAUUUUGAGUUAUUUUUCUUUUGCAUUUUUUUUUAUUUUACGUGUAAAUUCUUUACUAUGGUGAGGUUGCAAUUAUGGCUUUUCCUCCUGUGAUAUCCCAUCAAAUAUUGCUUUGCCUUUGUAAAUUCUUAUACAAGUACCUUGUUAAUUUCCUUAUCAAAGAGCUCAUUUUGUAUUUAUGAUGUGUUUUUAUUCUUUAACUUCUUGUAUUUGUGUAAAUGUACCCAGGCAUUCGUCUGCUAUAUAACAUUUUAUUGACAGACAGAAUUAUGCUUUGAAACCCACAGUGAGGUGGGUCAUGAGUUCAGUUGAGUUUUAUUUGUAUAGCACAUUUUCACCUUAUUACAUUCUCUCAAAGCACUUCACAUUAUCCCUGUCCAGAGACAACGGUGGCAAGGAAAAACUCCCUAGAAGGAAGGAACUUUGGGAGGAACCAGACCCAAAGGGGGGGGGGGCAUCCUCGAGGGCCUGGGCAGGUGUCGAAUGAAGAUGAAUUGCUAGUGACUGAGUAGUUUAACUUGUCUUAUAAUGUUAUGCCAGGCAGUGAUUGGCAGCUGAAUAACUCCACCCACUGUGGGUUUUGACGCAUCACUUCACCCAGAAACAUUUCGCUAAAGACUUAUUCGGUCUUUGUGGCCUCUCUUGUCUUCCCAUUUAUGUGACUAAAUUUCAACAAUCAUAAAUUAAAUAAUCCAUCUGUACUUUAUGCUAAAACGUGGACUUUUCAUUAUCUUGGUUCCAGUAUUUCUUGAGAUUUGUAUAGUCUGGUCAAAUUGUAAAGCCUUUAAAGUAAGGUGUACUAUAUUGUUCACUUGACCGACUUGUACUAUAUUGUUAUAUUGACCGACUUGCUGUCGGUCACUCUGUCCGUGGUUUUGCUGGCUCUGGUACAUGCCUAAAUAUUUAAUGCUCUAAAACCAAUCUUUAGUUUGACUUAUGUUUUUGAUAUUUUAAUUCAUCUUCUGUUGUGAAACUUGCUUUUAAUUAAACCCCUUUUUAUUGAA